CUUCUUUUAACCCAUAUUCAAUUUAACAAUUAAAUGAGUGAAUCUUUUAGAACACGAUUAAUUGUUACUCUUAUGGAAUAACGGCUAUCCCGAACCGCAUCCUCUGCAUUUCUAAGCGAAACGAUUCGGAAAAUUCAUCGCGUUUUUCCCUUUUUGCACACAAACAAACCCUCUUUGACCGUUCACCCCGCUUUAGUCGCAUUAUUCUCGCAGUCAUUGACUGGGUUAGCGUAGACGACGCUAUUAUCCUCCUCCUCCCUAGUACGAAAGCAACCACCACCAUAAUCCAGCUCUGUCUCGAAGUGUCCCAGAACCAACUACGUUGUCAAAGGCUGCUGUGCCCAUAGUUGUACACAAUGAGCGAACUUCGAUUUCUAGACCUCGUCAAACCGUUCGCCCCUUUUCUCCCAGAGAUUGCGGCUCCAGAGCGUAAAAUUCCAUUUAAGCAAAAGCUGUUAUGGACUUCAGUGACGUUGCUUAUUUUCCUUGUCAUGUCGCAAGUUCCUCUUUAUGGAAUUGUUUCCGCAGAUUCUUCUGAUCCUUUGAUGUGGAUUCGUAUGAUUAUGGCUUCCAACAGAGGUACUCUUAUGGAACUUGGUAUUUCCCCUAUUGUCACUUCAAGCAUGCUUGUCCAGCUGCUUGUUGGUUCCAAAUUCAUUGAAGUCAACAUGGAGUUGAAGUCGGAUCGUGAACUUUAUCAAUUGGCUCAAAAAUUCCUCGCCAUCAUCAUCACCUUUGGACAAGCUACUGCUUAUGUUUUGACUGGCAUGUAUGGUCGCCCUUCUGAUCUUGGUGCUGGUGUUUGUUUGCUCUUAAUUCUUCAGCUUGUUGCUGCCAGUAUGAUUGUCCUUUUGCUUGACGAGCUGUUGCAAAAGGGAUACGGCCUUGGAUCCGGUAUCAACCUGUUUAUUGCUACGAUCAACUGCGAAAACAUCUUCUGGAAGGCUUUCUCCCCUACUACCUACAAUACCGCUCGUGGUCCCCAGUUUGAGGGAGCCGUGAUCAACUUUUUGUAUCUGAUGCUCAAGUGGCCCAACAAGAUCGCUGCUGUGUACGAGUCUUUCUUCCGUAGCACACCUCCAAACUAUCCUUUCGUUUUGCCCAAUCUUUGGAAUCUGAUCGCUACGGUACUCAUUUUUGUCGUUGUUAUUUACUUGCAAGACUUCCGUGUAGAAAUCCCCGUUCGUUCUCAAAAGUUCCGUGGUCACCGCGGUGCCUUCCCCGUUAAGCUUCUCUACACUUCAAGCACACCCAUCAUGUUGCAAUCUGCUCUUACUUCCAAUCUUUUCCUUGCCAGCCGUAUGUUGUACAACCGUUUCCCCAACAAUUUCCUCGUCCGUCUGUUGGGUGUUUGGGAGAAUGGUGCUGUAUCUGGUUUGGCUUACUUUAUGUCUCCUCCUGCCUCUUAUAGAGCUGCUCUUUUGAGUCCACUCCAUACGACCGUUUACGUUACCUUCACUAUUACUGUCUGUGCUGUCUUCUCCAAGCUUUGGAUUGAGGUUUCCGGCACCAGCCCUCGUGAUGUCGCUAAGCAACUUAAGGAUCAACAACUCGUUAUGGCCGGACAUCGUGAAGGUAGUAUGUACAAGGAAUUGAAGCGUGUCAUCCCUACUGCCGCUUGGCUUUCCGGUGCUUGUGUCGGUGCCCUGGCUGUUGCUUCUGACAUGCUCGGCGCAUUGGGCUCCGGUACUGCUGUCUUGCUUUGCACUACUACCAUUUAUGGUUACUACGAGCAACUUCAAAAGGAAUCCAAAGGAGACAUCUUCAGCAGUCCAUUUGGUGUUGCUGAGUAAUUGAAGAUAUUCAUCUCUGCGUGUCGGGACGCAACCGCUUCACUUCCUGUCUCUCAUUCCGCUAAUGCCUGUCUUUCUUUCAAGGAAAAAGAACAAGUGAGUUUUGCAAAUGAAAAAGUUCCCCGUUCAUAAAAACAGCUGAACUGUGAACUGAUAAAAAGCAGCAAUUAGGAGUUCUUGGUUGACAAAUACCUCGACGACCGUAAUACUCCUUUUUUCCUGUCGAGCUGACGACUUGGUCCCCCUCGUUGUAUAUGCUAUGAGACUUUUUCUUUCUUGGUAUAGCCUUGUAAAAAUGAAAACUGUAUGACACACUAAUUACAAAGCAAACUUUCGAUCGGUAGUUUGUUAAUUUCUAGCUGGUAGAUAUAUUAUUUUGUAACGAUACUAACCACGUCGCC